UGAACGUGCUCUGUUACUAGUACUACUCUAUCCUACUGUAGGCUAUGCGUGUGGCUGUAUGCUAUCUUCCAGGUGUGUCGCGAGGCGAGCCAGCACUUCCUGUUGAACUGCGGUUAAAGAUUGUCUCGCUAUGGCUGCAGAAGAGCUCCAUAAAAUACAUGUCAUUGAAAACUUGUCAAACCGAGCCCUGCAGGAGUAUGAGGGCCUGCAGAAGAGGCACGAGACAGCAGCCAUGGAGUGCAAGAGGCUGGAGGAGGAGAGAGACGAGGCCAUCAAGAAGCUCAAUGAGUUCCAGCAAGUUUCUCAGAUGGUAAUUGAAGAGGUCAAUGCCAUUCAGGAGGACCUGGUGAUGGAGAGGACAUGUAGAGAGAGUGCUGAAGCCCUGGCCACCAAGUUGAACCGUCAGAACCGCUCUCUGAAGAGGAAGAGCAUGAUGCUGCUGCCCCUCCUCGGCCCAGAGGCCAUCGCUGAGAUCAGCCUGGACGAUGAAGAGGAGAACGAGAGUGAAGAGCUACAUGCAGCUAGCAUGGUCUGCCUCUCUGCCCAGUGCCAGACCACCAUCUCAGAGCUACAAAAUAAGUUGGAGAAACAUCCAGCUGUCACUGAUCUUGAAGCAGUGAGAGAACAAUUGAGGGAAACCAGGGAAGAACUGCUGAAAGAGAAACACGAUAACACUGUUUUAAUUGCUGAGACGGUGCGGCAAAAGAAGCUCCUGGGGAAAUAUAACAGAGUGUCUCAGUUUGCUGUGGAGGAAUAUGAGGCCUUACAGGACACCUUGAACCUGGAGAGGGACCUGAGGACAGAGGCAGAGAGCUUUGCCAGAGCGAUGGUGGUCGAGCAAACGAAGCUGAAGAGACAGAGUCAGAUCCUGAUGCAAAGCUCCUCGCCUAGUCAAGCUCUACAGGAAGCCCUCAGCCAGGUCACCGGACUGACCCAAGAACUGGAGACACAGAGGCUGAAGCACCAGAGCCAGAUGAAGCAGAUGGAGGACAGGCUCCGGAGCUGUGAUGCUCAGAGGGAGCUGACAGCAUUGAGGCGUAAACUGGAGCUCGUGGAGGAGGAGAAGAGAGAGUACAGUAACAAAUGCUCCAAAGCUGAAGUGGCGGUCAAGGAUCUGCGGAGUACAGUUGAGGAGCUCCAGAAGAAGCUGCAGGCAGCUACCAACCCGCCCCCAGCUCCAGCACCUCCCCCUCCCCCACCACCUCCACCCCCUCCAGCCCCAGCUCCAGCCUCCAACCCGCUCAGCGCGCUGUUGUCAUUGAUCCGAAAGAGAACAGACAUCAGUACUGACAUCCCACUGGUGGUCCAGGACUCAGCCAAGACACCAGAAGUGGACAUUAGGCAGCAGGCAGUGGAGGAAAUGAUGCACAGGAUUAAGAAAGGCGUUCAGCUUCGACCUGUCAGCCAGUCACCUAACCGAACCAGGAGACAGAUGGAGAGGCUGCCCUCCAAUUCUGCCAUUCAGGAACUUAAAGGAAUCAUGGAGAACUUCGGUAGAGCCUCCCCCCAACCGAAGGCAGCGUCUCCAUCAACGAGCGGCGACGAGCAGCUGCAGAGGAUCCUGCUGAGACGCCGCGACGCCCUGGACUCCCAACACCCUGCCAGAACUGAGGAGCCAUGAGAGGGGGCAGCGAGGGUGCUGACCAGUUAUGAAGGGGCCUUUACCUCACACGUCCCAAACACACAGGAGGCAGGCUUUGUUGGACAACACUGACACAGUUGUGUGUGUGUGUGUGUGUGUGUGUGUGUGUGUGUGUGUUCUCUGACAGCUACUUACAGCCUUUUCUUAUCCAGCUCUGUUAAAGCACGGACCUUCCACUGGCCAAAUGAACACAAUGAAUCAAGAAGUAUUUAGUCUACCCUUGUAUCAAUUGGCUAAUAUAUUGUUUGAGUAUUGGUCUUUAUCAAUGUAUGAUAUGAAGCCACAAUCAUUCAACUGUGAUAUAAGGUUAGAGGAUUUUAUUUAUUCACUUGUUUCACAAUGGUCUUGUGUCAAUAUAUUAGUCAAUAUGAAUGAGUGUGAUCGGUGAGCCUGCCUUUUAAAGCUGUGAAUAUUGAAAUAAUUUCAUUCGGUGGAGAGUUUUAUAGUAUUCUAGAUUAACAGUUCCCAACAUGGGGGUCA